AUGCAGCACAUGCCAUGCACUCACUGCGUGCGAGAUCGCCACACGGACUGUGUGCUCCGUGAGACGAAACGGGGAACCUAUGCCCGGAGCGCCCUGGGUCAGAAAAUAAGCCGGCGUCAUCCACGAGAAAGGGUCUCGACUGGUGUCGCCGGAGAUUUGUCUCGGGCUGAAGAUUCCGGGGCGCUUCCUACGGCUGGAACUGAUGUUGCUGCAGCCCUCCCUACGGGUUCAUCUAUUCCGGACAAUACCGCGUGGGGUUCAAUAGGCAUAGGCCAUGUUCAUCCCCAGACCGGCGUUGAGCCCCCCAGCUUACAGGCUCAGGAAGUGCUCCCUACGAGCGAGUCUCCUCAUACUCAGGCAUCCUCUGGGACUCCCGGCAACGGCUCCUCCUACCAAGAUAUCUCGUGGUCCGCAAUGUUUGACCAUUUCCUGAAUAAUCGCGAAAAUGCAAGAGACUGGAUUGACAAGUGCUCCAUCACUUAUCUCGGAGAGUCUUUUCCCCUGGCAAUCGUCCUGGGUGGUCUCAAGAAGGACGGUAGCCGUCCACAACUACAUCAUCUAGGCCCCCCUUUCCCAGGGCCCCAAGGGAGUACUCCUUUCCAGUCACAGCCCGCACAUAUGUUGCCCGAGGACCUCGAAUAUUUACGAGCCAAGGGGGUGUUCAGUCUGCCGGAAAAGGCACAUUUAGAUGCUCUCAUGGCGGUCUUCUUGGAUCACGUCUACCCGCUUUAUCCGAUUGUCAAUCGUCAUGAAUUUAUACAGCAAUACCGAAACAACCAUUUGUCGUUGAUCCUCAUCUAUGCCAUUGCCUUUAUAGCGGUGACAUUCGCCUCCCAGUCCGUCCUGCAGCUUCUAGGCUUUCAUUCCCGGCAAGAGGCCCGUUCGUUUUUCUAUACGAAGGCCAAAGCGCUCUUUGAUAUGGGAUAUGAAACCAAUAAAAUCACUAUCCUCCAAAGCACCUUUCUCCUCUCAUUCUACGGCGGAGGCCCAAAUACCUACUGGAACUUUUACUCAUGGGUUAGUACAGCCGUGACAAUUGCCGAGGCCAUGGGAAUCCACCGCUCGACCAUUGCAAUACCAAACAUGCAACCACGAGACAAGAGUUUAAUGCGAAGAUUAUGGUGGGCGCUGGUCGUUCGAGACAGCAUAUGCGGCACCUUGGUCGGGCGUCCGUUCCGCAUUGACCUAGACCAAGCCGAUGCAGAUAUGUUGACGAUCGAGGAUUUCGCGCACGAUACCAUGGCUCCAGACUUCCUGGAGAACCCCUCUGCUCAACGAUAUGCACAGUAUCAGAUCGAGACCGUGAAGCUUUCGCAGAUCAUGCGCGAGAUUAUCAUGAGCAGGUUCUAUCCUGGAAGACAGCCAGUAAUGUCAGGAGACCUCCACGCAAAACUGACCCGGUGGAAAGCAGACCUGGUUUCUACAUUUACCUGGAACGCCGACGUGCCGGAUCCCUCGAACCCGUUUUCCAUGUCUCUGUCUGUUCAAUACAACAACCACCUUAUCUUGAUUUAUCUCGGCCACAUGCGCGGCGAAGAUUCACGUCACCGCGACGAGCGCGAGGUCGAAGAGAUCGUCGACUCUGCUGCGCAUCAUAUUCCCACGGUCAUGAGCACGCUUGUUACCAAGUCGGCCCAGCUGACUGUCCCCCACGAGUUAUACCACGGUAUCUUCCUCGCGCAGGCGGCAUUCUACGAGCGGAUGAGGAGCCCAGAUAAACUGGUCGCCCGCCUUGGUCGGUCAGCCCUGAACUCCUGCCAGAUGGCUCUGCAGAAUAUUGGCGAAUUUUGGGACUGUGGGACGUUUAUCUUGCAGCUCUUUGAGAAUCUGUCGAGUCGCUGUUUGGAGCAGCAGUCAUGGACCGCUGAAAGUGGACAGGAUAGCCGUGCUGUUGGGGCUGCUGAGGCUUCUGGUGCAGGCGGCGUUCUUCACUUUGCGAACGACGCGGGCGUUUUCAAUGCUUUGCUGGGAGAUGAUCGGUGGCAGGGGAACCCUAUGCUGGAGAGUCUGUUCGAUUUACCGCCGGAGCUGUUUUUGCCUGAAUAG